UUGAACCGAGCAGACGUGUGUCGCGGACGCUUUGAACCAAAAACGCGGUCUACGUACAGUGCAACCAUUUUGCUUAUAUAUAUAUACAUAUAUAUAUCUAUCAGUGUAUGAGUUCGCCGAAGCAAAAUAAAAAAAAACAACAACAGCUGCAAAAAUUUAUAUUGUACAAAAGUUUAUGAAAAACUUUUAGUGUUUGUGCUGUUCAACAGCAGCAAUAACAACAACGUCAUCGACAACGUCGUCGCGCUAAAAAGAAGAAAUAAAAUCUUAACGGCGCGCCGCCUGCUGUUUGUACGCGUGUGUGUGAGUGAAUGCGUGCUUGUCUGUGUUUGUGUGUUGUCUGCCUAACAAAUUUUUUGCCGCUAAACACAAAAAGCAGCUGAAGGCAGCCGACGAGAAGAAGCAGCAGACAGACGACCAGCUGACGACGACAAAAUCGAAAACACACUCAUACAGUUGCAAAUAGCAAAAAGAAAAGUCAACGAUCGAUUUCGUGUGUGGUGUGUUUACAUAUAUAUAUAUUUUUAUAUAUAUGUAUAUAUGCGUGUAAGAGCAUAGUGUGACCAAAAACAAAAACAAUUCGCAAAGCAAAUAACUUGCAAAACCAAAAAUUAAAAAGCAGAGCAGUGUUAGUGAAACACGUGUGUGCGACAGUAAUAACAACAACAACAACAGCAUCAGCUAAACCAACAAAAUACAAUAUAAAAUAAAACAUGUCUUCUGUACCGCUGCCCAUCAAAACGGAGGAAGUCAUUUUGGAAAACGCCGAAUACAACAGCGCCGAGGAAUUGGAUGAAGAAUUACAAUUACAACUCGAAGAUUCUGGGGGCGAGAAUACGUAUCACAUUGAAUAUACCACCGAACCGUCGCAUCAGGUUACUACAAGUUCGCAGCGUCGUCAAUCGAACAUGAGCGGUUCGAAUACCACAAAGGGAGGAGGGGGAGCAGACGGCGGCGGUGGCGAUGGGAUGGGUGGAGGGGGCGACGGAGGCAGCUCGCCAAGUGGCAAACCCAUUUUGGAUACCGAGAAACGUAUGCGACGCGAAAUCGCCAAUAGCAAUGAGCGUCGACGCAUGCAGAGCAUCAAUGCCGGUUUUCAGAGUUUACGUUCCCUGCUGCCGCGACACGAGGGCGAAAAAUUGAGCAAGGCGGCAAUACUACAACAGACCUUCCAAUACAUUGUGGAUCUGGAGACCCAGAAGACGCAGCUGCUCACACAGAACAGCGAACUGAAGCGUCAGGUCGGUGAACACGAAGCAAAUGGAGGCGGUGGCGCCUCCGGCGACAACUACAACAGCAGCAGCGGCAAUGCCAACGAAACGAACAACAGCAGCAGCAACAACCAGAGCGGAGCAAGUGCGGUGGCCAUUAAGAAACGCAAGCUGACGGACAACGUCAUCAACAUGCAGACGAUCAGCGACAGUUCGGACGAAGGACUUGGAUCGAUGUCUCCCGAACCCAUGACACUGCUCUCUGGUGGUCAAGGGGGCGUGGCAGCCGCCAAUGCAGCAGCGGCCAGUAAAUUGAGCAAUGCCAGCAUAAUAGCGGCCAAAGAGAUGCUGGAGACAAAGAAGCUGCUGGAGAAGGAGCGCAGUUUGCGACGCCUGCUCGAGGAUGAGCUGCAAAUGAUCAAGCGACAACUGUAUAGUGUUGCCACCGCGCCACCAGGCACAGCUGUUGCCGCUGUGGCAGCCAACAGCAGCGGCGCCUACAUUCCACGUGAGGUCAUCGAGCACACCGACAAUUUUGUGCGUGCCGAGGAGCUGGAGGAUUUGGGCGGCACCGUCUCGUAUGUGGAGAUCGAUGAGAUGACCGGACAACAGCAGGUGGUUGUGUGUUCCAGCAUCGAGGAGCUCGAAUCAGAUGCAGCAGCCGAGAUCAUUAGCGAGGAUCAGGUGCAUGAGGAGGUCAUCCUCUCAUCGAAUAGUUCGACCGAGUCGGAGAAUGAGGUUAAUGUGAAUGCGAUUGCCAAAGCGUAUGCCGAGGGCAUGAGCACGCCGAUAUUGCAGGCGAUCAAGGCCACGCCCAAAGUGGAGGUGGAGCGCAUCAAUGAGAAGAUCGUCAAGGUGAAGACAGAGAAACUGGAUCAGCCCACGGUGAUGGGUGGAACGGCGGUAUUUACGCGUUCGCGUCAAAAUCUCGAGACCAUUGUGGAGGCCAUACGCCACCUGGAGGGUGAUCAUCUGUUCGCCGAUGGUGAUCAGCAGCACAAGUUGCAACAGCACUACCAACAACAGCAGCAACAGACGUCGCAUCAUUCACAGCAUCAUCAACAGCAACAGCAGCACCAGCAACAGUCGCAGCAUUGCAUGCAACUCACCACAGCCGGUGGUGCAACGCAUCGUUUGGCGCAGGAUGCGCCGUUGGCAUUGACCACAGGCAAACAGCAUGCGGCGUUGGCCGAACUGACGCCUUACUUGCAGAUCAAGGGCAAUAAGCAGGUGAUCAUUACAGCCAAAUCGGCCAAGGAUAUGGGCAGCUUAUCGAGUGCCCGUGUCACGCCAACGGCCAUUUUUAAAGUGCAGACCAGGGAUGCGACAACAUCAGGGGCGACGACGACACAUCAUUUGAGCGGCAGCAGUCAUCCCGUUACAAUUACCACUUCACUCAAACAGUGCCGUCCCGGUGUCAUUGUUGCCAAGCAGCUGCCGUCAUCCUGAUUGCCCAACAACAGCAACAACAACAAUAGCAGCAACAGCAGCAUUAACAGCGCCUCUCUACUCACUAGUAUUAAAGGCGCUUGCAAUAACAUAACAGUAACAGCAACAGCGACAGCGGCGGCAACAGCAGCAACUCCUAAACAUUUACAUAAUAAGCGGCAGCGCAGCGCUGUUAAGCAACAACAGCAGCCGCCCUGCGUUAACAGAGCUGUUAAGCGACGUUAAAAAGAGAGCAGCUUUGCAUGUUGACAAAAGCUCAACUGCGAUCGCACUCGUCGUCGCUGCUGUCGAAAAAACUAAACGAAAUUUUACAAAAACAAAAAAAAAAAAACAAACAAAAUAUGGCAAAUUGUAUAAAAAUAUGAAAAAAUCGUAAACAAAUUUUCGUGUGCAGUUAACAAAUAUUUUUUUGUUGUCGAUUGAUUUGCAGUUUUAAUCAGCACAUUUUCCAUAACAGAACAACUACAACAACAGAGAACUCACAGCCACUGUAAUUUAAUGCAAAAACAAAGAAAA